AUGGCAAGCUUGGAGAGAACGGAGGCAAUAUUGAAGAACGGCAAAGUGGGAGUCACGCUAGCAGAAGCUGAAGAUGGCAGCGAGAGUACGAGGAAGGCAAUCGAAUCAUGGCAUGUCGUGCAUCUGGGCUGGAAACAUUGCAACGGCUGUGCUACCAGAGGCUGCUACUCCGUUGGCCGGGCAGACGACUGGACGCAGCUGAGAGGCUUACCGGCCGUGCAAGCGCAGGAACUGAGCGACCAGCGCCCAGCGACCCGCGGCCAGCGACGCCCGCGACACCACGACGCCAUCGACUCUGCGCGUGCGACGACGUUGCCGCCGCCCGCCGCUGCGAACGCCUCGCUUGGCGCCUGCUUGCGUCACCAGUCGAUCUCGAGUCCUCGUCCGCUGCCGAAUGGCCGCCUCGUAGCGCUGGACGCGGCCGCCCACGCCCACCCCGUGCUGCGAGCUGAGCGCGCUGCGAGCCCGCCCGCCUCUGCUGCGCGCCCGCCGCCCGCGACCAUGUCCGCGCCCUCGUCCGCGCCGCCCGAUGCCUACGCGCUGCUCGAAGACUCGUUCACCCGCCCCCCGAAGCGCCCCGCGCGCCCCCACGACGCCCGCCGCAGCGACAGCUUCCGCCAGGUGCUGCCCGCCGCCGCCCCGCUGCAGCUGCCGUCGGCGCAGUCGGACAAUGAGACGGCGUCGGUCGCGAGCAGCCAGCAGUCGACGCCGCUCGCGUCGCCAGGCCCCGUCCCUGCCGACCUCAGCGGCCUGCCGCCCACGCCGCCGUCCGUCUCCCGUGACGGGCUCGCCGCCAUGGCGCCCGAGCCGCCCAACCGCAACAGCAUGGUGGGCUCCAUUGCCUCGCAGAAGUCGUCGCUCGGCACGCCCGUCAACGCGCGCAGCCCGCCCACGCCCGACCCCAGCCCGCCGCGCACUGCCGGCUCCAACGGCACCGCCAAGUCGCACAACCUGACCGUUGACCGCCCGCCGCUGUUCGCCUACCCGUCGUCCCGCGCCGAGUCGUUCACCACCGCCCGCGAAGACCUCUCCGAGACCAGCAACAGCCGCUCGGCGACGCCCGCCCUCGACCGCCUGAGCACCGUGCAGGAAGACCGCGGUCUGGGCCUGGCCUUCGAGCAGGACGACGCCGAUGUCACGCCAACUGAGCGGUCGCGGCUGUUCUACCCGAGUCUCGCCGUCGAGGAGCCCGAGCGCGACAGUGCUGCCACCGUGGCUGGUGCGCAUAACGACGACGACGACGACGACGACGACUUUCCUGUCGUGGACCAAUUGCCGAAUCGAGAGUGGAACACGGAAUUGAUGAGGAACGUGACAGUCCGCCGGAAACGCAAACCCGAUUCGUCGCCGCCCAAAGUGUCAGAUCCCGUCGUCACGGCAGCACCCGGCGCAACGUCGCCUACCACGAGCGCGCAGUCACGACGGAGCUCCGGUCUGCGAGAGCGUGUGGAAGCGAGCAGCAACAGCCCACGCAGUCCCUCCGUUGAAAACUUCGCACACUCCAUCGGCUGGCCAGCUGACGCCCAACCCGCCCCUGAACACGUGCACUACGACCCCAAGAGCAAGCGCAUGUCGACCGCCUCUGUGGCUUCGACGAUCGUCGCGGCCGUCGUCGUUGCCUCGCCACCACAGCGACAGCGAACACUCCGCCACUCCGGCAAGAACCUGGCCCUGCAGAGGGACUCCAGCUCCACGCUCAGCCGCGCCUCAGGCUCACAUUCGAACCGCAAUUCCAUGCUGUUCGAAGAUGUACCGCUACACCGACUAGUUCACAAGAAAGCCACUCUGCCAGACAGGAAUAAGCGCUUCAGCACCGAUUCAGAAACCCUGGGUGGUGCUCUCAGUACCGUGAGCACUGCUCCCCGCAAUGCCUCCCCCUUCUCUGUGCGCAGCAGUCGCACAAUUGAUAGCUCUGUGUACACUCUUGCCCACCAGGAGUCGGUCCGCAUGAUUCUGCAGCCUGCAGCUGACAUCCUCAGCAAGUCAAACUCGCAGAGACAGCCAGACAGGACCUCUCGUAUGCGCAUAUCCUCGGCGCCUGAAUCUGCAAAGCAAGCAACUAUCCCCGCGAAACCUAGAGACUUCGUGGAGUUGUCACCUCCUCAAAGUCCUCAGCACACCGCCGUGCCUACCGGUCGCUCUCCUGUAAUGUCGCCGCAGCUUCCAUAUUCGGUUCCCACGCCUGUGGACAACGCGCACCGACGUGUUGUUUCAGACUCUAGUCGCCCUGGCGAUGUUGACAAGCCACUACCUCGCAAUCCGUUGGACCUUGUUAUUGGAUCUGCGCAGCGCAAGCUCAGCGUGUAUGACGAUGAAGGUGACGACAAGGCGCCACCACCUGCUCUUCUUGAUCGCGUUCGUCUACUUGUCGCAGAACGAGAGGCUCAAGACGAAGUGGUGCCCAGCCCCACGAUCAACCAGUCACCGGCUUCCCCUGAACGUCAGAAAUCUAUAUCAUCACCUAGCCAAUUGUCUCCACCUGUGCGCAGAGGCUCACGUUCUUCAAGGGGAAGGUCAGAAGAGCGACGUCGCAGUUCUCAGAGCCAGGAUCGCACCUCGCCCUUCCAAGACGCAUACCUUCGUCGGAGCCUUGAUCGGACGUCUCCAGAGGGUUCUUCUCGUCUCAGCUACGAUUGGCAGCGAAGAACACCUGAUGACCAUCGUCGUAUCAGUUUCGAUAGAUCCACUGGACGGACCGAGGAGCAUGCAAAUGCUCGGCACCUCUACUCGCAAUCAACGCCCUUCUCGCAGUUCUCGGAUACGCCCAUUGAGGUCAGCGAGGCUACUGCAGUCAGCAUUUACCCUCACAACAACGAUUCUCUCCUUGUCGUGCAACAACCAUCGCGUGUAAACUCAAUGAUGCCCGAGGUACAGAUGACUGACGGGGACUAUUUCGAUCCACAAGAUCAUCUCGAGUUGCGUCAAGAAGUGACUCGAAGCCCAACACCACCAUUCGUCGAUGCUAUUGAGGGCCCGUCACAGGAGCCAGCCCAGCCGGCAGCGCAGCCGACUCUUACGGUUGAGCCAUCUACUCCUCCGAUGCAAAUCGACCUAUUUCAGCCUGCUGGAGUCGACUCCCCUCUGAAGAACCCGCGUUCUGCGCCAGAGCCUCCCAAGAUCAUGUUCAUACCGCCAACCCCUGCCGAGGAGCUUGACCGCCACGACCUCAGUCCGCCUGGUCCACCCAAACACUCAGACUCGCACCCGCAACGUCGCCUCUCGCUGGUGCAGCGUGCGCGCCGGUACUCUGAUAACUUCAUUUCGCCGUUCUUGGCUCGGGCUUCUAGCAAUCGCGGCCGCUACUACAGCGAGUCGCACGCGCGCUCUCAGUCGUCUCAUCGCACUCCAGAAGUUCCUACAGUGAGCGACGAGGAUGGCACCCUGCACCCUUUCUGGAGGCCGCGUGGCUUCUGGGAUGGGUUUGAAGACAGUGAUUCGGAAGAUGAAGACAACGUGCUGCCGUCUGGGGGUGACACCAGUGACGUAGAAGAUGCCGAGCCGGAGCCAUACCCAAGGCGGAGGAGUACCCUGCGUAAGAAGCUGACCAACGGAUUCCAACCUGGCUUCCUGAUCGGCAACUCGUUAGGAGUUGAGAGGCACGGCACUAACCGACGGCGCCACCACGUUACGUUACCACCACACUUUCCAUCCAAUCCCAGGACAUCACCGACAUCGUCCCCCAGGAUCUUGAAUCAGUCGCCUACACAGCCGCUCCGACCCCAGAGUAGUGGGGUUCGUAAGAGCGGAUCAAGAUCAAGUCUCCGCUCCUCUGCCUCAUUCGAGGUGGUGCCAAGGCGUCAAUCUUGGCGCAAUGGUAAGGCCAUACCUGGUCUCAAAGGCUACCAAGUCCAGUACAUUGGAGUGAGUGGCAUCAAAGACCGCCUCAAGGAGCGCACGGCGGAAAAGCGAAGAGACAAGAUCCGCAAGAGCAUUGGAUCGCGGUAUUACGUUGAGCCAAAUGGACCGAUGAGUCCCCACUGA